CGCAUUGCAUCCUACAUCUGCAAUCCAGAUAACGCUAUCAUCCACGCCCGAUACUUCUCCCAAGCAACCCACCACGCAGUCCACGCAGCCGUACGAAUCUCCCGCAAUGGCGUCCGGCGGGCUGCACUCACUAGCGACUAUCAUCAAGAGGCUUGAGGCGACAACCUCGCGCCUGGAAGACCUUGCGUCGCUCGCGACUUCCUACCUCCCGCCGUCUGCCCAAGGCGCCGUUGCUGCGCCCUCGGUGACCUCACAUUCGUCGAACGCGGAGCCGACCCCCGUCCCGCCUCCACCUCCGCCGCCCCAGGCUGCCGCUGCCGCUCCUGCGGAGACUCCGAGGAGCGUCAUUGCUUUCGAUGAGCAGAUUGUGGAAGGGAAGCUGAAGCCGUUCGUCGAGCUCACGAAGAGCUUCGCGAGCCCUUCGGUCGUCGAGCAGGUCGGACUGGUUGAGCAGGAGUUCAAAGACCUCCGGGAGCUGCUGCUCGUCGCGGGUUCGUGCAAGCAGCCGGACCAGAGCGAGUUUGAGAAGCUGCUUGGGCCUCUUCAGAAGGACAUCGAGGCCAUUACUCGCGCGAAGGAAGCGAACCGCAAGGACAGGGAAUGGUUCAACCAUCUGUCCACUAUCGCGGAGGGCGCGCCGUGCGUUGGCUGGGUCACCAUCUCGCCCAAGCCUGGCCCGUUUGUCAGCGAGAUCAAGGACUCCACACAGUUCUACGGGAAUCGCGUGAUCAAGGAAUUCAAGGAGAAGGACCCUAAGCACGCAGAAUGGGUGAAGGGCUACCUAUCGCUUCUUGAGGAGCUGAAGAAGUAUAUCAUGGAACAUCACACCACGGGCCUCAAGUGGAAUUCCAACGGAAUCCCUCUCGCCCAGUACAAGGCAUCGUCUUCAGGUGCGCCGGCGGCACCGGCUGGCGGUGCGCCUCCACCCCCGCCUCCACCGCCUCCUCCAGCUGCGCCUCCACCGCCGGCUGCGGGUGCCCCAGCACCGGCUGCGGCCGGAGGCAUUACUGCCGUGUUCGAACAGCUCAACCGGGGAGAGGAGAUUACGAAGGGCUUGCGCAAAGUUGACAAAAGCCAGAUGACGCACAAGAAUCCCGCGCUCAGAGCAGGCGGUGUUGUUCCUGCUACCACACCCUCAGCUUCCAGCGCUCCUGCGAAGCGGCCAGUCAAGCCUAGCAAGCCGCAGGCGCUGGCUGGCAAGAAGCCUGCUAAGUUCGCGCUGGAGGGUAACAAGUGGCUCAUUGAAUAUCAGGAGAACGUGUCUCCGCUGACGGUUGACAACGUUGAGCUUAGCCAGACUGUCAACCUGUACGGCUGCAAGAACUCGACGAUCGUCAUCAAGGGCAAGGCGAAUGCCGUCACUCUCGUCAAUUGCUCGAAGACGAGCGUGCUCGUCGAAUCGGUCAUUUCGUCCGUGUCGGUGACGAACUCGCCAUCAUUCGCGCUGCAGAUCACCGGAAAGGCGCCCACGAUCCAGCUCGAUUCGACAGACUCGGGCCAGAUUUACCUCUCUAAGGACUGCCUCGACGUUGAGAUCACGACGGCCAAGUGCAGCAGCAUCAACAUCAGCUUGCCGGUGGAGGGCGAGGAGGAGGGAGUGUUCAACGAGCAGCCUGUCCCGGAGAUGUUCAGGACGACGAUUGUGGACGGGAAGCUGGUCACGACCGCGGUGGAGCAUGCUGGCUGAGGUAGAAAUAUCGGUGCUCGCAUGGUCGGCAUGCGUAGCGGAAUCAGGGACUCGAUAUCAAUCUACCUUUAUACCUACGGUUGCGUGAUGGCUUGGUAGUUGGACCAUGCUGCCUGAAGUUCUACGAUACUACACUUGAAUGGAUGUGCU